AUCUGGAUGAUCUUCAGAUAUUUGUGAUGGGGAGAGGGAGAAUGAUAGAGAGGCUGUUUAUCUUCUUGCUGUUUACGUUUCUGGCGGUGGAGCAAUCGACGCAGCUGCGGUUGAAGCAUCCUUUACAUGGAGUGAUGGAUAGAGUGAACCAAGAUGGUGGACCCUAUUUGGGUCUCUUAAUGACUUUCCCUGAUGAAGAAGACGCCCUUCUCUCCUCUGGCCACUUCAUCCCCAACUCCGACGUCCCUUGGGUUGACUUCUCCGGGAGGAGAUUCAAUGUUGGGAGCAUUCACGGCAUAGAUGUGAUUUACGUAAUGUCUGGGGAGCAAAGGUUGAAUGCAGGUGUUACGGUGCAAAUACUUGUCGACGUUUUUGAGAUUAGAGGAAUUGUACAUUACAGGAUUGCCGGAAGUGCCAAUGAUUCGCUAUCGUUUGGCGAUGUGGGCGUUCUUAAAUACGUAGCCUAUACUACUAGUUCUUGGAAAUGGAUGGAAUUUAUGUCUGAAAAAGGGGAGUCACCGGAAUUGAGGUUUGGAGCCUACAAUUUUCCAGCGAAGGGAAAGAAUCUAUUGGCGAAGGUGGAGUUCCAGAAGGAACAAUUCUACUCUGUUGGGCAUCCAAUGGAAGAGGUUUUCUGGCUUGAGAUUGACCCAACAUGGUUCAACAUUGCGGGAAUGCUUCAGGAGAUGGAGUUGCAAGGAUGUGUGAAUGAAACAUACUGCCUGCCACAUACUCCCUUGAGAGGUUCAACCGCUGACAUAUUCCUUGACAAUGCUGCAUACCGUGAGUUUCUUUUCCACGAAUUUGGGAUUUCAACUGUUGACGAAGAGAGUGACGCUGUUGUUAAGACAGCAAUGUCAGCUGGAGUGCCGUGUAUUGUGUUCAGAGGGGUAUCAGAUUUAUCAGGAGGAGGAGGCAAUUUGUCGUCCACAAGCUUCAUUUCUUUAGCGGCUUUUAAUGCGUUCAAUGUUGCAGUGGAGUUCAUCAGAUUGAUUGCCCUUGAUAAAAGCUUAGAGUUCAAUUAA